AUUUUAUUUUUUGGUUAUGACCUUCCUGUCGGGUCUGAGCCAGGGUGUGGCGACUGACUACGCCCAUGCCAGGGCCCAGGGGUCUUACCUUAUCUACUUCGUGUUCUGUAUAUUUAUGUGCCUGGAUCAUGAAACUGUCAAUACUAUGCAAUUUUGUACCUACCUAUAUUUUGUGAACGUGAUACGUCAUCACGUGUUGUUAUAGGUUUCUGUCCCAAGUGUAGAAGAUAUCAUGCUAAGUGGCCGGUGUACCUACCUGCCUAGUACUCAGUACUGAUUGAAGUGCACGGCUGACUCAGCGUACCACUUGGCUGCUGCAAUAAGUAGGCUGCAUUACUGAGACCGGCACAGUGCUCACUGAAACGCCAACAUGUACAAACUAUUGUUGCUGAGCUGUCUGCUAGCCAGCUGUCUUGCUGGACCCCACGAUGUCCCAUCUUGGAUACGCGACGCGUCUCGGCCGCCGUGGCGUGGAGGGCGCGGCUGCGCAGAUCGGCGCGCGGGUUGGGAGGCGUGCGCACACGUUAACAGCACGGUGUCGCUGGCGCCGCACCCCCGCGACUGCCGCCUCUUCUUCUACUGCAGCAGCAUCGGCAUCGGCAUCCCCCUGGUGUGCCGCCGCUGCCCUGCCGGCCUGCACUUCAACCCGGAACUACUAGUCUGCGACUGGCCAAACAAUGUCAACUGCACGGCCGGUCCUCCUCCUCGCCCGCGGCCCACACUGCAUCCCACUGACAGCACAGCACUACCUACUGAUACCACUGUCAUAUAUUCUGAUACUCCUACUCCAGUCGCUGAAAGUACUGUUGCUGAAACUUCCGACCAGCCCACGUCAACGUCGAUGCCGCCGCAUAGAAUACAGGACAUUGCAGCACUGGAACACAGUAUGGCGGCGGCUCAGCAGGGCUGGGCGCUCGCCGUGGCGUAUAGUAUCGACAGAGCAUUGCAUAGUGCGCGGUAG